UUUCGCAGUUGGUCGUUACGCUCCGGACAGGUUUCAGGGAAGCUCCGGGCUCAUCAUGUCGCGGCAUCUUCGCUUCAUCGCUCGGACGGUGAUGGUCCAAGAUGGCAACGUCGACGCGGCGUACAAGACCUUAAACAGGGUCUUAACCCAGGAUGGCAUCAUCGACACGGUGAAGCGUAAACGCUACUUUGAGAAGCCCUGCCGAGAGCGACAGCGGAAGAACUUCGAGAACUGCAAGCGCAUUUACCACAUGGAAAUGGCCCGAAAGAUUGCUUUCAUCUCCAGGACAAACAGAGAGGAUCCCUGGCUCGGCUGCUAGGGGGGAGGAAUGUGUUGAGAGAGCGCAAUAACGGCGAACUGACCCACCGAGGAUGACUAGGGGAACGAU